AUGGCAGAAGCAACAAAGAGCAACCAAUAUGGAAAACUAGAUAUAUUGGUAAACGAUGCUGGAAUUCCUGGAGCACAUUGGGAUGGUGAGGCUUUGGCUGCUGCAUUUUCUGUUGAAAAUGGUGGCAAUGUUGAUUGGAGUAAAGUAUCAACUGAAAGCUAUGAACUAUCUGAAGCAGCUCUUAAAACAAACUAUUAUGGAACCAAGGAAUUGACCAAAGCACUUAUUCCCCUUCUCCACCUUUCACCCUCUCCAAAAAUUGUCAAUGUUUCCUCAUCCACAGGAAGGCUUCAGAACAUACCGAAUGGAUGGCCUAAAGAAGUACUGAGUGAUGUUGAAAAGCUUACAGAAGAGAAGAUUGAUGACAUUUUGAAUGAAUUUCUAAAGGACUUUAAAGAGGGUACCCUAGAAACCAAAGGCUGGCCUCUUGCUGUGCCUGCAUAUAGUGUCUCAAAAGCUGCUCUGAAUGCCUACACAAGGAUUCUGGCCAAGAAGUACCCCUCAUUCUGCAUCAAUGCUGUUUGUCCUGAUUAUAUCAGAACUGAUAUUACCAAAAAUACUGGUUCUCGAACACCUGAUGAAGGUGCUGAAGCUGCUAGGAAUAGCAUAGAUGAUGAAGGGAAUAAAGAAAAAAGUGGGAAAAUAAAGCAGAUACUGGAGGUUGAACAGAAACAGGGUGGUGAAAUGGAGGGAAAGAGAUUUUUUGUGGCGGUUCACGUCGGCGCCGGUUACCACUCACCGACGAACGACAGAGCUCUCAGGACUGCCAUGAACCGCGCUUGUCUCGCCGCCGCUUCCGUUCUCUCCAACGGUUCGGGAACGCGCCUAGACGCCGUCGUAGCCGCCAUUCAAGUGUUGGAGGAUGAUCCCUGCACAAACGCUGGCAGAGGCUCCAAUUUGACUGAGGACGGUAGCGUGGAAUGCGACGCGAGUGUUAUGGACGGCAAAAUUGGAGCUUUUGGGGCUGUUGGGGCAGUGCCAGGUGUCCGAAAUGCUAUACAAAUUGCCGCUUUAUUGGCCAAAGAGCAAAUGAUGGGAUCUCCGUUGUUGGGUCGAAUUCCUCCAAUCUUUUUGGUUGGCGAAGGGGCUCGCAAAUGGGCCAAGGCUAAAGACAUUGCUUUGCCAACAAGUAUCGAGGAGGCCAAUGAGUGGUUGGUCACAGAAAGGGCUAAAGCACAAUGGAUAAAAUACAAAUCCAUGAUUGAAACUGCUAGAUCUAAGACAAACAACACUCCUGAGGGCAAUUCUUCUGUUUCUCAAAGUACCACGAUAGCAGAUAGUGCUUUGGAAGAUAGCGUAAUGGACACUGUUGGGGUUAUUUGUAUAGAUAGUGAGGGGCAUGUUGCAUCUGGAGCCUCCAGUGGUGGUAUUGCUCUAAAGGUUAGUGGACGUGUUGGGUUGGCAGCAAUGUAUGGUUCAGGGUGUUGGGCAUCAUCAAAAGGGCCCUUUGGGGCUCCAUUCAUGGCUGGUUGUUGCGUAUCUGGGGCAGGAGAGCACCUAAUGAAAGGAUUUGCUGCUAGGGAAUGCUGUGUUUCAUUGUCACUCUCACAGUCUGGUGCUGCUUCUGCUUGCACAAAAAUUUUACGCUCUGUUGUUGAGGAUGGCAGGCAAUAUGGUACUGAUAGCAGUGCAGGGAUCUUGGUUGUGCAGUCAGAUGCAUCUUUAACAGAUCAAGGAAAAUCAUCAAGGCUGAAGGCUGUAGAGUUUGCCGCUGCAUACACUUCCUUGUCUUUUGGAGUAGGAUAUUUUGGAAGCUCUAUGGAGCGUCCCAAGGUUUCCAUUCUUAGGAGUACAAAACAACAAAGCCGGACAGCAAUAGAUCAAUUUGGAGCACGGAUAGAUCUUUCAAAUGGAUAG